GCGAUUCAACGUUCUCCGGCGUCGAUUCAACGUUCUCCGGCUUCGGUAUUAUAGAAACAGAAUGCCAAGAACCAAACGACCACAAUUCAGCUGCAUCUUUGAAGAAAAUAUGGACGAAACACAAAGAUCAGAAGAACAAACACUUCGGCAAAGGAUGGAAGUGAUAAAGUCUAGGAAGUCAUCACGAAGAAAAGAAGAAACUUCUAGUAAUGACGAAGAAGUAGAAGAAGAAGGAGAAGAAACAGAGGAGGAAGAAGAAGUACAAGAAGAAGGAGAAGAAACAGAGGAACAAAAAGAAGAAGAAGAAGAAGAGAAGGAGGAAGAGGAGGAGGAGGAUGAUGACCGAGAAACAACACAAAGGUUUUAUGUGCAGACAAGGAGUCUAAGGAGCAAAAAGAAACAAGAGUAUGAUGAAGACGAGGCCGAACAGCCAACGAAAAAGAAGAUCAAACGGGAAAAGUCAAACACGAAAGAGGAAAAGACAAAGAAAGGGGAAAGGAGGAACACAAAGACAACAGAAAAGGCAAAGAUCCAGUGGAAGCAACAGAAAUGCACUCUAAGUGCUUUCUGGAGAUUGAUUGACACAUAUAGAGAGAAAAUACCUAAAGGGGCUUGGGAUAUUUUGAGUACUACUGUAUUUUGGGGGAUGAUCAGACCAUUCUAUGAGAAGAAGCUUACAGAAACUCAGCUCCACAAACAUGAGGCCGACUUGGAGAUUAUACUGAAGUACUUUGAUGUUAAAAAAGCCAAGUUUGUGUUUGGGGAGACAAAAAUGGAAAUAACAUUGCAGGACAUAAAUGAAUUGUUUGACCUGCCAACAACUGGUAUUGAAUGGGACCUGAGCAAGAAGGUGCUCAAGGAGGAAUGGAAGGCAUCUUCGAUAUUUGACGUCAACAUGAGGAAAGAAAUAGUAAUAAAACCUGAUCUGGAAAACAAACUCAGCAAGGAGCUCGGCAAGAAGAAGAACGCUGAUCCUAAGAUAAUUGCGGCACUGCUUAUCAUGUACCUCUUCAAUGCAUUCUUCUUCAGCAGGACAUCAACAACCUUGACAUGGGACCUCAUCAACGCUUGUGAAGACAUAGAUAACAUAAACAGUUUCAAUUGGGCCAAGAUGGUACUAGAUUUUCUGCUGGAUGGCCUUCAGAGUACUGGUUCUUGGAGAAGACCAAGAUCAGAAACUGGAUUCCAGGAAUGGAGGAUGAGAAACCGAGAUUUGUGA